AUGAGCAAGGGACCAGGGGAUGGGGCAAACCUACCACCGGAAGAAUGUGGCGGGGGGCUUCGGCGAGUGAUUCUUAUCGUUCGCUCUGCCGGAGAAGCGAGGAUGCGAUGGGAAUCGAGUUGGGAGAAGCGCACCGGCGACGACUCCUUGCUUGAUGAGCUGCUCGUGAACCUCUCGAGAAAACCGACGGUUAUUGGACAAUUGCCCUCCACCCCAGUGACACUCUGCAGGCGAGACGAGAGAGGUGCAGCAUCGCAAACGGCCAGCUCCCUGUCUCCGAGAAGACCCUCCCGGGAUCAUGAACACCCGCAAAAAGCAAUAAAGCGUGCCUCCAGGCUCAUAUCCCGUUGGACAGGCGAGAGGUUCACCAUGUACGAUACAAACGCCGAAGCUGCUGCUCAUAGCCGACAAAUCGACCGACAAAAGCUCCUCUAA